GUGGUGGUACCACAGAUUACUAAAGUUACUUAAUAAAAGCCUGGAUAUUUUAUAUUUAUUCACUGGAAUUACUGGUCUGUGGUAGUAGGCACUAGGGACGUAAAUAAUGCUUCCCAUAUCUAUUUGUUCAAUUUUUCAAUUCAGAAAACUAGAAUUUCAAAACUACUCUUUAAUGUAGUGUGUUAAACACUUCCUCCAAUAAUGUCCGACGACGAGGUUAUACGCUUCGAGAUCACCGACUACGACUUGGACAACGAGUUCAACCCCAACAGGAGCCGCAGGGCCAAGAAAGAACACCAAAUAUAUGGCGUGUGGGCCAAAGAUAGCGAUGAGGAGGACAAUGAAGACAACAUCAGGAGGAGGGUUCGCAAACCCAAGGAUUUCUCUGCACCCAUUGGCUUUGUGGCAGGUGGGGUGCAGCAGGCUGGCAAGAAGAAGGAGGACAAGCAAGAACUAGAAAAGUCAGAAGCAUCAUCAUCAAAGUCGAAAUUCGUCGAUAGCUCUGAUGAAGAUGUGCCGGCCCCGGAGGAGAGCGACACGGCGGGCAUCCGGCGCGCGGGGCAGGGCAUGCGCACGGCGCGGCUGGGCGGCAGCGUGGGCACCUGGGAGAAGCACACCAAGGGCAUCGGCGCCAAGCUGCUGCUGCAGAUGGGCUACCAGCCGGGCAAGGGUCUCGGCAAGGACCUGCAGGGCAUAUCCGCGCCCGUGGAGGCCACCGUGAGGAAGGGGCGCGGGGCCAUCGGAGCUUACGGUCCGGAGAAGCUCGCCAAGGCGAAGCAGGACGAGCAGCGGCGCAAGGAGGAGCAGGAGGAGCAGGAGAAGGGCUCCAAGAACAAGUCCGGCAACUGGAAGAAGUCGCACAAGGGCCGCUACUUCUACAAGGAGGCGGCCGACGUCAUCCAGGAGGGCCAGCCCACCAUGCACGCCGUCAGCAGCGCCGCCGCGUGCAGCGCGCCCGUCAUCGACCUGACGGGGCGCGCGCGCCGCGUGCUCAGCGGCUACCACGCGCUGCGCGCCGCCGCGCCGCGCUUCGAGCACGAGCCGCGCCGCGCCUGCACGCGCUUCGCCGCGCCCGCGCUGGCGCACAACCUGGCGCUGGCCGUGGACUGCUGCGAGCGCGACAUCAUCGCCAACGCGCGCGAGCUGCGCGCGGCCGACGACGAGCUGCUGGCGCUGCGCCGCGACGCCGACGACUGCGCCGAGCGGCUGCGCGCGCAGGACCGCCUGGUGGCGCGCCUGCACGCGCUGCUGGAGCGCGCCUCCGCGCUGGCGCGCCCCGCCUCCGCCGACGCCGCGCUGGCCGCGCUGGCCGACCUGCAGGAGCAGUUCCCGCUGGAGUACGGCGCGUUCGGGCUGGGCGGCGUGGCCGGCGGCGUGGCGGCGCCGCUGCUGCGCGCGCUCACGGACGCCUGGAGCCCGCUGGACGCGCCCGCGGCGCCCGAGCCCGCCUUCCGCCGCUGGCGCGCGCUGCUGGACGAGGAGGCCUACGCGGCGCUGCUGGCGGACACCGUCGUGCCGCGCCUGGCCGCCGCCGCCGAGCAGUGGAACCCGCGCGAGCCGGAGCGCAUGCUGCGCGCCGUGCAGGCGUGGCGCGAGGCGAGCCCCGCCUGGCUGCUGCGCGCGGCCGUGGCGCGGCACGUGGCGCCGCGCGUGCUGCACGGGGUGAGGGCGUGGGACCCCACGCGCGACCCGCAGCCGCUGCACGCCUGGGUGCUGCCGUGGCACGAGCUGGCGGGCGAGGCGCUGGCGCGCGAGGUGUACCCGCUGAUCCGCGCGCGGCUGGCGGCGGCGCUGGCGGCGUGGCACCCGGCCGACGGCAGCGCGCUGCCGCUGCUGGGCGCGUGGCGCGCGGCGUGGGGGCCGGCGCUGGCGCCGCUGCUGGCGCAGCACGUGGCGCCCAAGCUGGAGCACUGCCUGCACGCCGCGCCGCUGGAGCUGCUGGGCGCGCGCGCGCCGCCCGCCUGGCAGUGGUGCGUGCAGUGGCUGCCGCUGCUGGGCGCGCCCGGCGUGGCGGCGCUGGCCGCGCGCGCGCUGCUGCCGCGCUGGCUGGCCGCGCUGGCCGCCUGGCUCAACUCCGCGCCGCCGCACGCCGCGCUGCUGGCCUGCUACACCGACUUCAAGAAAACGUUCCCCGAGGAGGUGCUGCGCGAGCCCGCCGUGCGCGACGCGUUCCGCAAGGCGCUGGACAUGCUGAACCGCGGCUGCGACGCGUCGCCCGCGCCCGCGCCCGCGCCCGCGCCGCCCGAGCCCGCGCGCGCGGCCGAGCCGCAGCGCAGCUUCUCGGAGCUGCUGCAGGCGCGCUGCGCCGAGCGCGGCGUGGCGUGCGUGCCGCUGGGCGGGCGCGCGCGCGACGGGCGGCCGCUGCUGGCGGUGGGCGCGCUGCAGUGCUACGUGCUGCGCAACGUCAUCAUGCUCUCGGCGGACGGCGGCCGCAGCUUCGCGCCCGUGCCGCUCGAGCGGCUGCUGGCGCUGGCGGCCGAGUAGCGCGCGCCCGCUUGCAUUGUUUCCGUGUAAAGUGAGUUAAAUAGUGACGCAUACUAUGAAAGUGUUGAGUUUUACCAAUAUAUAGCAUUAUUUUUUGUAUAAAACUAAUAAUACAUUACGCCUGAAAAGAGAUGUAUAAUUUACAUUAUGGCACAAAUUCCUUUCCCAUUUUUUAACCGACAGUAUUUUACACAAUUUACCAUAGAGUAAAAAUGUUCCACGUCCCAAGUCACACUCGACCGUUUCUAUCUAAAAAGAAAACGUUAUAAUUAUUACCAAUUUUUUUUAAAACUAAUAUUUAUUAUGUUUAAAUUUCGUUAAAAAAAUAUAUAUGUACUGAUAAAAUAAAUAUUGCGAGGCAAUUAAAAGCUUUUCACUGCUUCUCAUGUUCUAAAUUUUCAUGUCGAAGUAAAAUGGACUUAAUCCCACUUGUUUUGAAGUAGCGAAUCCUGUGCUUCUGAUUUUGCACACGUGAAAAGUCCACGCUGAAGAAUUGUAGGCCAAUUUGAGCUUAAAUGGAAUACAGAUAAGAUUCAUUUUACUCCGAUGUUCCAGUAUUGCAUUACUCGAAAACGAAGCGGGCGAGUAUUUCUUGUUCUGCUACCGACAUAGAAUUUUGUUGUGUAUUAUCUAAUGUCUGAACUAGGCAAGACAACAGCAGUGGCAUUUAUUUAUAGAAAAUAUUUCUUUUAUCGAAUGAAGAAUUGCAUCUUGAAUAUUUUGCAAAAAUAAUUGGAAAUUGUAUAAGUGUAAUUUAAUUCUUAUUCAAUUUAAACAUUUA